UCUUGUUGUUAGUCUUGCUGGCCCGAUAAAAGUAAAGGAUUUCUAAGGAAAGCAAUGAAGGCUUAUCUGCUUUUUAUCGCUCUCUGUCUCUGUAUUGCUGUCGAUAAGUCAGCAUCACAGGCUUGUACAUACAGACAAGUCAGGCUUUAUAAUGGCACAAGUGCCAACAACAGAACUGGGAUGCUCCAGAUCUGCAACUCACAAAGAAGAUGGACUGCUGUGUGUGACUACCGCUGGAAAAACUCCAUUUCAGUAAAAGUUUGCAGAGAUCUUGGCCACACUAAUCCCAGGCCUAUUACAUACAUUAACAGUGGAAGAUCUUGGGGCUCUCUUGGAUAUGUUGUUCCAUCAGGAAGCUCUUCAUUUACUUGCUCAUCAAGGAUAUCUCUAGCUAACUGCUUGUCAAGUACCAGUGUAUACCUAAGGAGAAGCUAUGCUUGCUUGGCAACUCGUGACACCAUUGUUAUUGAUUGCAACUUUGACACAAGUGGUUGCAGCGGUUCAGAGAUACGGCUAUACAAUAGUAAUGCAACUAGUCCUGGGGGAAUGGUACAGAUGUGCCGUCAAGGACGAUGGACUGCAGUGUGUGAUUUUAGCUGGGGCUGUGCUGAGUCUGUUGUUGCUUGUAGGCAAUUAGGAUACACUAAUGCAAAACCAAAAUUCACAUAUAACACUGCGGUGGAUGUUAAUGGAUCUUGGACUGAGUUUGGUUAUGGGCCUUACAGUAGCUGCAGUUCAACAGCUACCAGUCUCUCUCAAUGCAGCACAUGGCCUUCCUCCUUCAGAAGAAAUCCAGCGUACUGUGAACCGACUCGUGAUACUAUUAAACUUGAGUGCUUACAACCUCUAAACAAUACCAAUGACUAUUGCUCUACAAACUAUGACGUUCGUUUGGUCAAUGGCACAACUAAAGAUGAAGGCCGCCUGGAAUUUUGCUACAGAAACAAGUGGACAACAUUCUGUGGCUUAACCUACAUCAGUGCAAAAACAGCUGCAACACUUUGCAAUCAAUUAGGAUAUGGUGGAAAUAGCUUUGCAACCCCAAUUUAUGAUGGGAGAUUCGGUGAUGGAGAUACAGUAGAGUAUAGCAGGAGGAUGUACUGUCAAAAUGAAUAUGAUGACAUUCGUUACUGCUCUAUCUUUCUCAGUAAUUCUGGUAAUUGCAUUAUUGGGUCUUCCACUCUAAACUGUAACUACAACAGACUAGGACUAAGAUGCUACAAGCCUCAGAACUGCAAUGAAGGUGAUGUCCGUCUUGUCAAUGGCACUGUUGAGAGAGAAGGAAGACUAGAAGUCUGUGCUAAUGGGGUCUGGGGCUCAGUCUGCAGCAGGAGCUUUGCCAUCUCAGCUGCAUACGUUGCAUGCAAACAAAUUGGCCACACUAAUGUCAAUGGAGCCGUAAUCGAUAGAUAUGGCUUAUAUGGGCUAGGAAAUGGACCCAUAGUCUACAAUAAUCUUGCAUGUUUUGGACACGAGACCAACAUCAAUGACUGCAACAAGGUUAUUGCUCCAAACUUCUAUUGUCCGAUCACUUACGUUGUGGGGCUCAGAUGCCUUGACAUGUGUAAGGAAGGAGAUGUCCGCCUUACUAACGGCAGUCAUUCAUUUGAGGGGACGGUUGAGGUCUGUCUUGAUAACACGUGGUGCCUUGUAGCUCAGCAUGGCUGGGAUGAUGCUGAUGCUCGCGUGGUCUGUAAGCAAAUUGGAGGAUAUAACUCUUCAGCUGGUGUAGCAAAAUUGAAUUCCACAUACGGUCGACCCAAGCGAGCCAUCCGCUACAGCAAUGUGUAUUGUAAUGGGAAUGAGGAGGAGCUUAUUGAUUGUACUCAUCACACCUUUGAAUUUGAUUUCGGACGAACGUACGAUGUACCCGUAGCAGGUGUCGACUGUGGAGUACUGUCAACACCCACUGUAACCAGUAGCAGCAGCAGUACGAGUGGUAUUACUGUGAGCACACCUCAAGGUGUUAGCAGUGGUAGCAAUGAUACAAAGGGAACUGUUUUCAUAAGUGGUACUUUAUUCAUUGUUAUUGGAACCUGCUUCCUUAUUGUUGCGAUCAUUAUAAUGGUGUUUGUCCUUUUGCGUAUGAAGAAGCUCUCACUUAAGAGCAACAAUACAACUGAUAUUACAACAAGAAUGAGCAGCCUGCCUGAUGAUAUAAAGCCAUCACCUUCGGUUGUAAGCUACGACGAAGAAUUGCUGUCUUGAAGAAAACUUUUUAAUAAUAAUUUUGAAAUUAAUGCUGAAUUGAAUUAUGCUGUUUUGAUGUACAUUUGUAGUUAAAUUAAAUAAAAAUAAAAAUCUAAUAUAAA